AUGGCUGCGGCCACACUGCGUGGCUCCCCUGAUAUGGCAAAUGGAAGUUCGAACUUACAAUAUGCCAACGACCCUCGAGCAACACAAACAAGUCACAAGUACAGCACAAGCGAGUUGAGCAUCGCGAGCUAUAAUGAUGGCGCGAUCGUUGGUUCUGAGUCCAAUCUCCCUGCGCCCAGUGGGCCAUCAGAUUUAGGCACUGUCGAAAAUACAAGGCGAUCAGUAUCAGUCACGUCAAAGAGCCGUGAAUUGUCGGCGGGGAAUCUGAAUUAUACAACACGCAAGCCUAUACCAGACAUGCCUCCGAUCUUGCCACAGAAAUCAGCUAGCCCUCGAGAUUUUCGACAAACAUCCAAUCCUCCUGAAAUCUAUGUCAGCUCUCGAGAAAACGUGCAACCACCGGGCUCUUCUACAGCUACAAGUGUGUCAUCGCCGACUACGAAUACAACCCAUUCCACAUCAGACCAGCGGCGGGAUUGGGCGUCUGAUCGCUCGCCUCUUCAAAAGCUUGAACUAACUCUCACUGGAAUCAGCAAAGAGGAGAAACGAGCACGGGUACAAGCUGCGGAACAACGUCUUCGCAAACGGCUCGCUCGCCAGAAAGCCGAGAAAGAGCGAGAGGAAGACUCAGCAAUCGAUGAUCCUCAACGCCCACAUCAAAAUUUAGGGACGGAAAAUUGGAGUGUUUCUGACCCAGCGGUAAACAAUCCGCCAAGAGACGUAAUUCCAGAAUCACCCAAGCGAAAUGUACCACUAGGUCCUCGACAACCAGGAAAUACUGUAGCUCGUCACAACAGGGCUGUAUCCAUGAAUCCUCAAUACAAAACCAUACAUCGCCCGAAAGAGGCUCAGCACCUGCGAGCGGAGGAUGCUAUUCCACCAUUGGAAAACAUUGUUAAUGUUCCACGGAGACCAGUAACGAUAAGUGGAUCGGCGGCAAAACCAGCACCAGCUAUCAGCAGUAUGAAAAGUCCCUACUCAUCGCAACAGAAGCCUCAAAAGCUCGGCCAAAGCCCUAUUGUGUCCUCUACAGCCAUCGUUAACAAUGGGGGAGAGGAAGUCUCACCAAUAUUACGCACGGCCCAUGAUAGCGUGGAGUCUUAUUCUAAGCCAAAGGUGUCAUUCAACGUACCACCGCCCACACCUCCACCAAUUUUUGAAUGGAAAAAUUCACCUAUUUUACGCCUCGACUCGACAGACUUUGACUUCCAGCGUCUUGAUAUGGCUCAAGGCAAGGCGUGGUGGGAAGGUGCUGGAACAACCAAUCGAAGACAGAGCAGAGCUCUCCCCAAAAACUAUAAAACCCCAGCUCAGAAGUUGACAGGAGUAUCUGAUCAUAAGAACUUCCAGCCCAAACUUUUCUUACUAUGUGGACCUUUAUUGCGUUUUACAGGCAUCAAGAAAAUAAGUGAAGAGGGAGCCGCGGACAAGGAGUUAUGGCGAGGUUCUAUUAUGAUCGUGACAAAAGAUUCUCUCUCCUCUCGGGUCAGCCCUCCCACAUUGAGACUUUUCUCCCAACCGAUGGAUCUCCUACCGCCUCCACCUACCGAGAUAAGUGAAGUGCGACUAGCGCCUGAGUAUGUUGACCCGAUAGCCGGUCUCAUGAAAGUUGGCCGAGAUGGACGACCACUUUACGUCAAGCCCGUCGAACAUCUCGAUGAGGGAUUAGACCUUUCGGCCAUGGAAAACGACGAUGGGCUUUACGAGUUGAAACCCAGCACCAUCGACUACAGUGUCGAAGGGGCGCACCAACCCGUUCCUUCAAAUCGCAUUCAUCCUACUGAUGGCGAAACAGAAGGGUUGCAACGACAGAUGCCUGGAGUCCGCCUCUAUGUCGAUACUGCAAGGGAUGUGACAUUUUGGAGAUUUAACCUUGAGAUUGAGCUUAACUCCACGCAGCAGCGCAUUGCGUACCGAAUCAAUCAAGGGCCUGCUCUGGGAUUCUGGGUGCCUGCUAUGGGUCAAACUAUGAAUAUGGUGUUCUAUAGUGGCAAUGGAUUCAGCCCUUCUGUUGACUCAGAUCACCUUUGCGGGCCUGAUCCACUCUGGCGUGAUAUUCUGAAUGAACAUCAAACUCGGCCAUUCCACGUGAUUAUCAGCGGUGGUGACCAAAUAUUUAACGACUCUGUCACAAAUUCCCACUUUUUCCAUGAAUGGAUGAAGAUCAAAAAUCCUGCAGACAGAUAUGGCGCACCAUUCACGCCAGAGUUCCGAGCUGAGAUCGAAAAAUUUUACCUAGAGCACUAUGCCUCUUGGUAUUCCCAGGGUCUAUUCUCCCUUGCUAAUUCACAAAUCCCAAUGAUCAAUAUGUGGAAUGAUCAUGAGAUUUUUGAGGGCUAUGGAUCUUAUCAGGAUGAGUUUAUGUCAAGCGUGGUCAUCUCCGGAUUGGGAAAGAUUGCCUUCAAGUACUAUCUGCUGUUCCAACACCACAGUGUUCCUGAUGAAACGGAAAUAGAUGAGCCUAGCUGGAUUCUUGGUUCACAACCAGGUCCUUACAUCGAACAGAGGAGCAGAAAUCUGUUCAUGUCUCUGGGUGGUGAUGUGGUUUUCUUGGGUCUAGAUUGUCGGACUGAGAGACGGAGAAAUGAGGUGCUUUAUGAGGAGACGUGCGAUUUGAUCUGGGAUCGAUGCCACAAUGAGAUUCAUAGGGGAAGGACGAAGCAUCUGCUUGUACUUUCAAGUGUGCCUAUUGCCUAUCCUAGAGGAGCAAUGAUCAAAAACUUCCUCAAUAGUCGCAAGUCUCUUGGCAAGUCGGGUAUACUUGGUGGUCUUGUCAACCGAUCUGGUGGAAAUGUGGAAAUGUUUGAUGAUCACUGGGCAGGCAAACACCUAAAGGCUGAGCGAACAUGGUUGGUUGAAGAUUUACAAGACCUCGCUGCAGAGAAAUCUGUCCGAGUCACGAUCCUGAGUGGUGAUGUUCACCUAGGUGCUAUUGGACAGUUUUAUUCUAACCACGCUUUGAAUAUCCCCAAAGACAAGGACUAUCGGUACAUGCCGAAUGUUAUCUCGUCUUCCAUUGCUGAUAUGCCAGAGACUGAUUUGGUCUCAGAUAUGCUCAACAAACGGAAUUCUGUGCAUCAUAUGGACUCAAAUACUGACGAAGAUGUUAUUCCAAUCUUCACUGAAGACACAGAUGACAAGCCUCGAAACAACAAGAAGCUACUUCCACGCCGCAAUUGGUGUUCCAUUCAAGAAUACCGCCCAGCAUCAAACUCAUCAGCCAAUCUACUAUCAACUGCAUCACUUCCUCGGGGCCCUCGUCCAGGUAUGCUCCAGCGAACACUUUCUCUAGGACGAGGUGAUAGGAGAGAUGAGAAUGGGCCUGGCAACAAGUCUGAUGGUCUUCUUCGAAGAUUUUCCACACGACGUGGACCCCCUCCCACAAGAGAGAUAAACUUUGAGCCAAAAAGUGGCAUGAUACGUCGACGCGCAAGCAUCGAUUCGUCUGUACCCCGUCCGUAUGAAAACGGGGACAGUUACUUCUCCGGUGCAAGUCAAUCGUCGGAACCCCGCCCUGGCAUGCUCCGACGACCGACUCACUUAAACGAGAGCGCUGGCAAAAAGGGAGCUAAUACAGACGAUGCUGCAGGCGCCUUUAUCAACCUCGAAGGGGGACUAUCCAUAAUUUUGAACAUGGAGGUUUCGUCACACGAUCCUUCAGGUAUCACAGUACCAUACAAGAUGCUCGUCCCUGCACUUUACUACGAGGGAACCGAAAAUGACCCGCCACCUACGCAGGUGGUCAAGGGCUGGAGAAAAUGGCUCAGAGUGCCACGGCGCAAAAAGACCGUCCCAGCAAGUGCCGCUAGCGAUGACGACCCUGAUGAUUACGAAGAUCACGAUACUAUAAAAAAUACCCGCGCCAAUGCGGCUACUGCACAACAUCAGUACGAAGAAUAUUCAGGAAGUGAGGACUCUGACGGCGAAGUUCCACAGCGGUUGCCGCCGGAAGCUCUUGUUGAUUCGUCUAUCGGCGAAUAUGAUGAAGAUGAUGAUUGA